AGAAACAUAUUGUCAAAAAGAUGAUGAUUUUGCUUUGUUUUCUCGUGGUGUGACGAUUUUUUUUUACUUUAUAUAAAAAAGUAAUUUAAUUAUACAAAUAAAAUAUUCAAUUUAGCCAUGGUGUGCCACGGUCCAGAUCCACCAGAUCAUUCUCCACAGGAAUUAACCCCUCCAACACGGCAAGAUCUACUAAUGAAUGGACCCCAGGCUGACGAAAGCGAUGAGGAGCAAACUGAGCACUUUGGCUACGAGCCUUUACCACAAGGGCCUGAUGCGGUACAUUCGGAUCAUGAAAGUGAUGAUGAAGACGAGAACGUUGGUCUGCAAGUGCCCCCUAGUGAUGUACCAACAAUAGAACCAAUUGAGACUGCAUUAACAAGAGAAGUAUGGAACUCUCCUCGACCUAUAGACCCUAUACAAAUGGACAAUGAGAGAGCACAAGAGGUGAUGUCUGCAAUGGCUAACUUUGCUCUUCCACGAACAUCAAUACCUGAAUGGGCGCAGAGUAUAUCUGAAGAACAAUGGAAACAAACUCUCAUAGACAAAAUAGAAAAAAUUAAGUCUAACAGAUAACUUUAGACUAUGCAAGAUAGGUAAAUAAGUAAUUGAAGUAUUGUAGGCUUAUUUAACGUAAAUAUUUAUUUAAAAUCAAAUUUUUGCUGAUGUAUUGCAUACUUUGAUGUCUUGCAGAUAUGUAAUCAACUAAUGGAUUAUAUACAUUCCAUUUAUAUGUAUUUUAAAUCCCUUAAUUAGUAGUCUUUUAUUAUUAAAAAAAACGAUUAACUUUAAACAAGUACUUUCAUAUUUUAUUUUCAAAUAAAAUUGUAAAUAAUGACAAUGCCUAAGUUAUUGUUAAGUAUAAAAUAUAUAACUAUAUUGAAUAUGAUCAUAUAUUAUAACUUAUAUAUUAUGUAGAACUACAUAAAUUCUGUGCUUAUAAGUAUAUCCCAGACAUCACAGUUAGAUCAUACUAUUUGUAUUGAACACAAAGCUUAGCUUGCAUUACUUUGAACUUGCAGAAUAUAUAAUUUGAGCCUAUUUUA